GCCAUUGUUCCGGGUGAAGUAAAACAGGAGGGGUUUCAUGAAAGCUGGUUUCCGUUGUGUGUUAUUUGACAGUCAGUGACGAUUGACGGGAGUCCAUCAGCUCAGUGGCCGUUGAUGGACCAUCCCUAUGAAGAAACAGGGUUACAAUGGGACAGAGUACCUCGGAACAAGAGGUCCAAGGAGACACCGAGGUUGGCGAGGACGGGUUUGAUAACAUCAAGACGUUUGUGGAGGAGGAACUACAGACGAGCAUGAUGGUGGGGAUGGUGAUUGGUGCGGGCAUCGCCAUAGUCCUUAUCGCCAUCCUCAUCUUCUUCAUCUUGCGGAGGAUCCAGCUUCGAAAUCUGGAAGCUCAGGAGGCACCAAAAUACCGCUUUCGCAAGAGGGACAAAGUCAUGUUCUACGGGCGAAAGAUCAUGCGUAAAGUCUCGCAGUCUACCUCUUCCCUGGUGGGUACUUCCUCGUCCUCUCGGCCACGCCUAAAGAAGAAGCAGAAGAUGCUCAACAUUGCCAAAAAGAUCCUGCGCUUUAAGAAGGAGGUGCCCAUUCUGCAGGCUAAGGAGCCUCCUCCCUCAGUUCUGGAGGCCGACCUCACUGAAUUUGAUGUGGCCAACUCCCACCUCCCCUCCGAGGUGCUCUACAUGCUCAAAAAUGUCCGUGUGCUGGGUCACUUUGAGAAGCCCCUCUUCCUGGAGCUCUGCAAACACAUGGUGUUUGUACAGUUCCAACAAGGGGAGUACGUGUUCAGGCCAGGCCAGCCUGACAGCAGCAUCUACGUGGUCCAGGAUGGAAAACUAGAAUUGUGCCUUACUGGAGCGGAUGGCAAAGAAAGUGUGGUGAAGGAGGUUUACCCAGGAGACAGUGUCCACAGCCUGCUCAGCAUCCUGGAUGUCAUCACAGGCCACCAGAAGCCUUAUAGAACGGUGUUGGCUAGGGCUGCAGAGGUUUCCACUGUUCUCCGUUUACCUGUCGAGGCCUUCCUCGCUAUAUUUGAGAAGUACCCUGAGAGCCUGGUGCGAGUAGUACAGAUUAUCAUGGUUCGUCUCCAAAGAGUAACAGUCCUCGCUCUGCACAACUACCUGGGGCUCACCAAUGAGCUCUUCAGCCAUGAAAUGCAGCCCUCACGUCUGCCACCUCCCUCCCCUCACCCGACUCGUACCAGUCCCAUCCGCCAUGGCAAGCGCUUUGGCAGCCUGACAGUGACCGAGGAGCACAGGGAAGCUGCCAUUAAGGGUGAAGCUACAGGAGGGGAACAAGGGAAGGAUGGUGCAACAGUGCCAACUCUGAGCAGGACCAUCUCCAUGCCAGUUGACAUUGCUGGUAUCCAAAAAAGCCUGAGAUCAGACUUUGACAUGGCAUACGAGAGGGGGCGGAUCUCUGUGUCUGCAGAGGACGGCAACACUCCUCCUACUUUUACUCGGUCUGUAUCCCAGGACCAGCGGGAGAGGAGGGUGACAGUGGAUGAGGUUCCCUCAGGGAUCUAUCUGUAUCCAGAGGAAGAGGCCGGAGUAGACAACAUUUUCACACCUGUAUCAAAUCGAUCGAGUGCUGCUCUGUUUGAGGAAGCUCAGAAAGAAGUCCUCAAACUCAUGAAGAUUGAGGACCCAUCCUUGUUAAAUGGAAGAGUGACUCUGCACCAUGCAAAAGCUGGAGCUGUCCUAGCCAGACAGGGAGACCAGGACGUGAGUCUACACUUUGUCCUGUCUGGUUGUCUGCACGUCUACCAGCGCAUGAUAAACAAGCAGGACGCAGUCUGUUUAUUUGUGACCCACCCGGGGGAGAUGGUAGGCCAGCUUGCUGUGCUCACCGGAGAACCCCUCAUCUUCACCAUCAAGGCCGUCCGAGACUGCACUUAUCUCAAGAUCUCAAAGUCGGAUUUCUACGAGAUCAUGAGGGAGCAGCCCAGUGUGGUGCUGAGUGCGGCUCACACGGUGGCCAUCCGCAUGUCCCCGUUUGUCAGGCAGAUGGACUUUGCCAUUGACUGGAUGGCUGUGGAGGCUGGCAGAGCCCUCUACAGACAGGACGACCAGUCAGACUGCACCUACAUUGUUCUGAAUGGACGUCUGCGUUCAGUCAUACGCAAGGCAAAUGGCAAGAAAGAACUAGUGGGGGAAUAUGGCAGAGGAGACCUCAUUGGAGUGGUGGAGGCUUUGACCAAGCAGCCGAGAGCCACCACUGUCCACGCUGUGAGAGACACAGAGCUGGUCAAGCUGCCCGAGGGAACGCUCAAUAACAUCAAAAGGCGGUAUCCUCAGGUGGUGACGAGGCUGAUUCACUUGUUAGGCCAAAAGAUUCUUGGAAACCUGCAGCAGGGCCGCGGGCCGUUCUCCGGUUCAGCCCUGAGUCUGCCCAGUAUGACAACCAGUGCUGAUGUCACCAACCCCGCCAGCAACCUCUCCACUGUGGCAGUCCUGCCUGUAUGUGAUGAGGUGCCAAUCAACGCAUUCAACCUGGAGCUCAGCCAUGCCCUCAGUGCCAUCGGGCCCACUCUGCUAUUAACCAGUGACAUAAUCAGAGAGCGCCUGGGUGCUUCUGCUUUGGACAGUAUCCACGAGUACCGUCUGUCUGGCUGGCUGGCCCAGCAGGAGGACAUCAAUCGGAUUGUCCUGUACCAGACUGACAACAGCAUGACCCCGUGGACUCAGCGCUGCAUCCGCCAGGCUGACUGCAUCCUCAUUGUCGGCCUGGGGGACCAGGAGCCUGCUUUGGGAGAGUUGGAGCAGAUGCUGGAGAAUACAGCAGUUCGGGCUCUGAAGCAGCUGGUCCUCCUGCACAAAGAGGAUGGGCCGGGACCAUCUAGGACUGUCGAGUGGCUAAACAUGCGUAGUUGGUGCUCCGGGCAUCUGCACCUCAAGUGUCCCCGCAGGGUCUUCUCCAGACGCAGCCCCAGCAAGCUGAGGGAGGUGUAUGAGAAGGUGUUUGAGAAAACGGCUGACAGGCACAGUGAUUUCUCUCGGCUGGCCCGAGUCCUGACUGGAAACAGCAUCGCUCUGGUGCUGGGAGGAGGUGGAGCCAGAGGCUGCUCUCAUGUCGGCGUGAUCAAAGCUAUGGAGGAAGCGGGGAUUCCUAUUGACAUAGUAGGUGGAACCUCAAUCGGCUCAUUCAUCGGUGCACUAUACGCUGAGGAGAGGAGUGCCGUCAGAACCAAACAGAGAGCCAGAGAGUGGUCCAAGGCGAUGAAUUCGGUAUUUAAAACAGUCCUGGACCUGACCUACCCCAUCACCUCCAUGUUCUCUGGUUCUGCCUUCAACACCAGCAUCUAUAAAGUGUUCCAGGACAAGCAAGCUGAGGACCUGUGGCUGCCAUACUUUAAUGUCACCACUGACAUCACAGCUUCAGCCAUGCGUGUUCACCAGGAUGGUUGCGUCUGGCGCUAUGUUAGAGCCAGCGCCUCCUACACCCCCUAUUUACCUCCCCUGUGCGACCCCAAGGAUGGCCACUUGCUUGUGGAUGGUUGCUAUGUUAACAAUGUCCCAGGCUCUCUGUGGCGCUAUGUGCGAGCGAGCAUGACCCUCUCGGGGUAUCUGCCGCCACUCUGCGACCCCAAAGAUGGCAACUUGCUAAUGGACGGUGGCUACAUCAACAACCUGCCAGCGGACAUAGCGAGGAACAUGGGCGCCAGAACGGUCAUUGCCAUCGAUGUGGGUAGCCAAGAUGAGACCGACCUCUGUAACUAUGGCGACUGCCUGUCUGGCUGGUGGUUGCUGUGGAAACGGAUCAAUCCCUGGGCAGAGAAAGUAAAGGUACCGGACAUGGCAGAGAUCCAGUCUCGACUGGCCUACGUGUCCUGUGUGCGGCAGUUAGAGGUUGUGAAAAAGAGUGCCUACUGCGAGUACAUCAGACCUCCCAUCGACCGCUUCAAGACCAUGGACUUUGGCAAGUUCGACGAGAUCUAUGAUGUGGGCUUCCAGCAUGGCAAGCUGGUGUUUACCGGCUGGGCCCGAGGUGACAUUAUCGAGAACAUGCUGAAGGACCAUCGGUCAGCUGACUACAAUGACAGCAAGAGAACUGAUUCCUGCACGUGUCCAGGUGCUGACUUCACUGACCUUGCAGAGAUUGUGUCCAGGAUAGAGCCGGUCCAAAGCUACGUAGCUGCAGAAGCAGAGGAGUCAGACUGUCUGACAGAGUACGAGGAAGAUGGGAUGGACACAGUGAGAGAGGAGGAGGGGGAGGAAGAAGAGGAGGAAGCAGAUGACCCCGAGGACCAUUCCCCUGGAGAGUGGGGCCAGAAUGGUGUCUUUCAGACUGAUGAGGAGAAAUCUGUGAGACAACGCAGGAAACUCGCCAGUGACUCCAACACCUCAGAAGUCUCUGACUGCUGACAGAGGGCCACGGAGGAGUAGGGGGACUUUAAUGACAAAGGGCCAAAUUCUGGGUCCAUAAACUGUCAAGGCUAAAGAUGCCACACUCAGCUCCUGCAACUUCUGGAACUCUGAAAUACUUUUUUGUCUUUCUUGAUGAAAUCACCGUUCAUCCUCAAAAUUGUUGAACCUUAAUUGCAUCAGGUGGCUUCCUCCCCGCUCUCACACUGGCUUCAUCGAUUCACAUUCUGACCCCGCCGUCAAAAAUGUGUGGUCUCAAAUGAGAACGAUCUUCGAAGGUCUACACCGCCAAGCUGCUGUUUUGAUCCACUUUUACACUAAACUGACCCAUUGCCAGAAUCCCUGCCUGCCAACUCCCAAACAUGCCAAAACUGGGACUUCCACCAGUAAGCAAACCAAUGAAAGAGGGACACGUCAAACUUCCAAUCACUCUCCUGUUUCUCAUUUUCAAACAGCCAGAAGGACCCCGCCUACUUGUCUCAUCUGUGUCUCUGAGUCUUUGUGUGUCCGUCAAAUGUCGGUACGUCUUCAUGGCACUCCAUUAUUGAGGUUUCGACGGAUUUCAAGGUCCAUCAAUUUCCUUUGUGCACUUGUGGGACUGGAUCUGCAUGUUGCCUCUAUUAGGAUGACUGUUGGUACAGGUGUGCGGAGCUGUGAUUUGUUGAAAUAGUAGCAGUAGAGCUGUAGCUAUGGGUGUCAUGUUGGGAGUCAGGAAGGGGAAGCUGUAUGAGGUAGAGAUGUUCAUGUAGACACUAAAGUAGAGUUUUAGUGAAAUUAACUGAGCAGGACCAGUGUUAGGAAGCAGAACGAGGAUGCAUAAGAGAGAAACACAUUAAUGAACGCUGUAGAAAGUUUUGAAAUGUGGUUUUAAGAAUGUAAAGUAAAUAGACAAAAAAAGAGAUGGACCUGUGAGCAAAGUGUUACUUAAUUUAUUUAAAAUUCACCCACAGUAGAGCACAGUGAGCUUGAUGAACUGUAGGUAGAUAACACUGAAGGGAGGAUGAGGACGAUGUGUAACGCAAAUCUAGGAUGAAUGAGAUGAUUUAAGUGAGUGGAUGACGAAUCUGCGUUUUUGAGAUUUUGUGUUUUGGCUGUUUUGGUUGAGAGAAAGGCGACGCCUUUUCCCACCAGCGUUCGAUCAGUUAUCAGUGAGCAGUGACUGUCAUGAAGAGAGCGAUUAUUUGGCUUGAGCCCGCCUCUGCUCGCACGAGGUCACACUGUCAUGGUGCGUGUCCACAGGAUUCGUCAUUUUUGUGAUUCCCAUUCACUGUCUAUGACAGCAGCUGUGCAUCCUGGUAGCAGUGCAUCCUGUAAGGGUACACUCCCACAUGCAUGACAUCAACAGUGGCAAACACAUUCACCGCAAAAGGCCAAAGGGAAAAAAAGUAACCAUCUUGUGGCAAGGCAAAUUCGCAUCUUGGCUUCACCUGGCGAUUGUCAUUCGCUUGCAUGUACUUAUCAACGUACCACAAGGCUUUGGUUAUGGUGUGUAAACUGUUUGUGGCUUGGGACUUCGCUAGUCAAAGUUCACCAAGAUGUGGAUUUGCUUCGCCACUGGAUGCCAAUGUUUGCCCCCUCGGACACAUAGAAUAGAAGGUAACGGGAGGUAAAUAUUUGCCACGGUUGACUUUGCGUAUGUGUGACUGUAGUCAAAGAGAGACAAUGGUUGCCCAGUCCUCAUCUGCAUAAAGUUGAAGUCUAGGCUAAUCAUUGGGGUCCAGCACGAUGCAUUGCCCCCGGAAAUUCAGGAACAAAGAUAAAAAAUGUCUCUGAGUUAAAAUCAAGAACAGUUCAGCAGCUGCAUGGCUUAUAUUUCACUUAAAAUGUCUUCAGAAACAUAUGUGAACUGUUGUUGUAAUUAAAGUCAAUUUCAGAGCAGACAACUCUCAGUCUGGUGCAGUUUUCCCAGGGUACAGCUUGUGUUGGUCGAGCGUCAAUGCUGAGAAUGCCCCUGUGGACACGUACCUGUGCUGAAAGCUCCUGCAUACAGUAAUCGAGGUGUGUAUGACAGUGUGUUUGAGAAUUACAGUAGUUAAAAUCUUUGAAAACUAGCCAAUAAAUUAUUGUCAACGGAGAAGUCAUGUACACAUGGAUAAUCCACAGGAACUCCAAGUAAUCCCUAACUUCAAGUGGGCAAAAAAAAAACACCUCAUGUAACUAUUAACACUUGAUUAAUAUGGACCUCUUGUAGAAAUUGUAACAAGAUUAUAUUAUAAUGUACACAUUGUUGAUAUUCAUAUAUGUAUAUGAGGUGAAAAUUUGUAAGUUGAUGCUUUGCUGCAAAACAAGGGAACCUUCACCUUUUAUCUCCUAAAAUCCAUUCUGUUUUAUUUAUACAUGUUAGCUACUGGCUUUUUAAAAUUGUAUUUUUUUUUCUUUUUCUUAAUUUGGGGGUGGGGAUGGGGUUGUUUUUAUUUUAAUUAACUUGGCUUUAGCUGUUUUGCACUGAAACAUUUGACAUAUUCCUUGCUCAGAAGAUGUUUGGUUUCAUAUUUGCCAUCCACCUUGAGAUGCCAAGAGAAUCUAAAGUAUAAAAAUAGAGGUGAUAAUUUAAUAUGCAUAUUGAAAAAAUAAAUAUAAUAUGCAUCAUGUCAGGUGGCAUUUGAGUUUUUUCCCUGAUACCUCUUAUACCUUUUCUUGCAUGUUAUGAGCUCCACCAUUUUAAAGUAACAUGAUGUAACUUUUUACCCUAAAUAACAUGUUGAUGCCACAGUGUCUUGUAACAGGGUGAAUGGUGUCUCUGCCUCAUCCACUCUGCUCCCCUAUUACUUGUUUCUUAGAACUUAAGUGAGAGGGUGGUGAUAACACAGUGAUUUAAAAAAAUGAAUAAAAAAAUGUUCAUGCCAUUAUGCUGUUUAAACUUCGGCUCAACACCAAAGCCAAAUUUCAGGCAUGUGAACUUGUAGACGGUUCAGAACCUCCAGGUGUUUUUCUCAUUUCAUUCAUUUUUAAACCAAAAACAAAUUAAUUUAGGAAGCUGUGACUCACUGUUUUACUAUAAACCACUUCCUAAAGCCCUUUUAGGAAACCCACCGUACUGGAAAAUAUACUGUUCAUCGGCUGAUGAAUGACUUUACACAGUGACGUUUUGAUAGGGUAUCAUUUCUGUGAUUAAUAAUUGUUAAGCAAAACACAGCACAGUGGUGCAUUAAUGUGCCACUUGAUGCUGUAUGUCUCAGUGUGAAAAACCUGCUCGCUAUUGAUUAAACAAUUACAUUUCACCGUUAA